GUGUGUGUGUGUGUGUGUGUGUGUGUGUGUGUGUGCGUGUGUGUUUCAGCCCUUGAGUGCCAUGCAUACAGGGACCUUUGAAAUGUUUGGAUCCUUUUUUUGUGUGAGAGAGAGUGUGUAGAGCACAGAGAAAAGGAGUGUGUUCAAGAGAAUGUGUUCAAGAGAGUGUUCACUAGAGAAAGAGAGAGAGAGCGAGAGAGAGCAGGCACACAGACACAGAGGGCUGUGAUCACAUGCUUCUUUCUCUGCACAGCAUGCUGUUUUUGUUUAGCCUCUCUGGUGCAGCUGAGAGCGAGAGUCGCUCACACUGUCAGAGAGCACCGCUGCCUAAGCUUGAGUGGAAAGUUUCCACAGCAUGACCAGAGUCAGGACUCAACUACUCCUGUCCCACUGAGAGUAAGCCAUACCGAAGAAGAGACAGAGAGAGCUCCUGAGCAGGCUUUGACCCCUGACCUCCAGGUGUGGAGGUGUACCAUGUGUUCUCCCGCUCGGGGGGCGUGAACCCAUCUCUGCUGUGAGGAGUCGUCCUGUGGGACCAUGGGAACAUCAACGCUGGGAAAGGCAGCCCCCCUCAACAUGCUACUGGAUGCCUGCAUCCAAGCUUUUAAUGACAAUGGGGAGUUGCAGUCCAACCCGCUCCCUCGCACUCUGCUGCUGAUGCAUCGCUGGUAUGUCACGUCCACAGAGCUGGCCGGGAAGCUGCUCAUGAAAUACCGUGACUGCCAGGGAGAUGAGUGCCAAAGAACGAGACUGAAGAUCUGCUAUUUAAUGAGGUACUGGAUUACGGUGUUUCCUGCAGAGUUUAACCUGGACAUGGGCCUUAUACGCCUCACUGAGGAGUUCAGAGACGUGGCGGCUCAGCUGGGCUGUGAGGAACACUACAAACUCAUUGACAUCUCCACCAUCCCGUCAUAUGACUGGAUGAGAAAGCUGACCCAGAGGAAGAAGCAAGCCAAGAAGGGCAAAGCCUCACUCCUCUUUGACCACCUGGAGCCCAUGGAGCUGGCGGAACACCUCACGUUCCUGGAGUACAAGUCCAUCAGGAGGAUAUCAUUCACAGACUACCAAAGCUAUGUGAUGCACGGAUGUCUGGUGGACAACCCAACGCUGGAGCGCUCCAUCGCCCUGUUCAACGGAGUCUCCCAGUGGGUUCAGCUCAUGGUGCUCAGUAAGCUGACACCCCAACACCGUGCUGAGGUCAUCACCAAAUACAUCAACGUGGCCCAGAAACUCCUCCAACUGCAGAACUUUAAUACACUGAUGGCCAUGGUUGGAGGUCUGAGCCACAGCUCAAUUUCCCGUCUGAAGGAGACCCACUCUCAUCUAGCACCCGAGGUCAACAAGCUUUCCGGUGCUGUAUCUAAAAUCGAUCCUGUCCACUACUUCCUGCCGUCCUACCCCUCUCAUCAGAUCUGGAAUGAGAUGACGGAGCUGGUCUCCUCCAAUGGGAACUACUGUGCUUACCGCAAGGCCUUCACAGACUCCGAAGGCUUCAAGGUCCCCAUCCUGGGGGUCCACCUGAAGGACCUGAUCGCCGUGCACGUGGUCUUCCCCGACUGGGUGAACGAUGACAAGGUGAACAUCAUAAAGAUGCAGCAGCUCUACCUCACCUUCAACGAGCUGGUGUCCCUUCAGAGUGCUGCAGCCCAGGUGGAACCAAACAUGGACCUCAUCUACCUGCUCACUCUCUCUCUAGACCUUUACUACACUGAAGAUGAGAUAUAUGAGCUAUCCUUGUUAAGGGAACCACGGAACCCAAAGUCUUUGCCUACUUCUCCAACAACCCCCAACAAGCCAAUGGCCCCUCUGGACUGGGCAUCAGGUGUGACAGCCAAACCUGACCCCAAUGUGGUGAACAAGCACAUCAGGAAGGUGGUGGAUUCUGUAUUCAGGAACUACGACCAUGACCAUGAUGGCUACAUCUCUCAGGAGGACUUUGAGAGUAUUGCUGCCAACUUUCCUUUCUUGGACUCUUUCUGUGUGUUGGACAAGGACCAAGAUGGCCUGAUUAGUAAGGAUGAGAUGAUGGCUUACUUCCUGAGGGCCAACCCCUUGCUCCAGUGUAAAAUGGGCCCUGGUUUUAUCCACAACUUUACGGAGAUGACGUAUCUGAAGCCUACCUUCUGCGAGCACUGUGCUGGAUUUCUCUGGGGAAUAAUCAAACAGGGAUACAAGUGCAAAGAUUGCGGUGUGAACUGCCAUAAGCAGUGCAGAGAACUGUUGGUACUGGCCUGUAGGAAGCUGCCGCGUUCCACCUCUUUGCAAAGUGUCUCCCCUGGAGGCCUGACCCACAGCUCUCUACCCAGCAGCCCCACCAUGCCCACCUUCAAGGAUGAGGACGAGAUGUUUGAGUUCCCCUCGGUGACACCUGGAGGUUCUGACCUGGAGCAUAAGUCCAUCACCCUGAUGACGUGCUCAGCCCAGCGGAUCUCUGUGGGUUUACAGCGGGCCACCACCAGCCAGGCCACGCAGACGGAGCACCUGUGGUCAGAGCACACCUGGGGGGCUGGGGAUGGGGGCUCCCACACCUUCCCCAAGAUGAAGUAUCGACCACACCGGCAGGCCUCCAAGAGCAAAGGCUUUGCCCGCUGGGAGAACGAGGCCCAGGAGGAGCCCAGGGGUCGGCGGGAAUCCCAGGAGCAGACGGACAGACCUGCAGAGGUGGUGCAGAACGGGAUAAUACCACACAGAGAGAAGGACAGCUGACUUGGAGACACCAAGGGCCGAACCCAGGGCUCCAGGAGGCCUUUGGAAGCCCGUAUCAGGAAGCUCUCCUCACUGGGCGAAGUACUUGGCUGCUUGAGGCCCUCGUUUGGUGACCUGGAGUAGGAUGGACAGCUGUUCAGUGAACCAUAUAUGAAUACUGAUGUUUAAUCCCGAACCAGGGAUGUGAGUGAUGGGACUGAAAAAGCCCUUGUCCUCAAUGCUCCCCAGCUCUACACACCCUGCCUUCACAACCCAUCAGUGUCAUUGGAAAAGGAUCCUGGACUACUUACAGUACAUGUGAUUUAGGUUUGUUGGGGCUCACCAAUGUUUGACUGACUGAACGUAAAUGAGCGGGUGUCCACCUGUGCCUGUAUGAAUGUCGGAGCAUGUACAUGCUUCCUAUUGAAUUUCUGUGUGGUCUGUGGAGCACAUAUGUGUGUUAUCUACUGUUGAUUUGCUGAAAAUAUUAAGUUAUUUGGGUCACGUGGCUUAGUUGCAAUAAUGUAUCAUGUUUGAUUGACAUUUUGAGGACACUGAAUGUUUUAUGAUGGACUGGGUGGGGGAUGCAAAGUGAGAAUGCAUUUGGAGAUGUGAGAAUGCAUUAAUAAGAGAUCAAGAUGUAAAGCAAUAGAAAGUUAAAGGUGAAGAUGAAUAUGAGGGAAAAAGUGGCAGGUACAUUGUUUCUAAGGGUAAUGGAUUAAAAGUGGCAUGACAUGUGGCAUGACAACUGAUGGUCGUUUAUGAGCCAGUUCUAUAUCUUAGUCUGGAAUACAAGAAAUAGUACUUGUUGUGUUAGCAUGAGGAAAAGAACAAUACAACCACUGAGAGUUGUGUUAUAAAUUUAAGGAAAAGUUGUCUUUUGGUUAGUCAAGAAAGCAUUAUUGUUUUCAGUCUUAUUUCAAAGGGAUUUGAACUCUGUAUCCACUCAGGACAAUGAGGUAAACUACAGAUACUUUACAUUUAUUUAUGGGUUUAGGUAUGUGAUAUUUCAUAUAGUCAGGCGAUUCAAUGUUUAAAGUAUUCCGGUUAUUUCAAAGCCUUGCAGGCUGAAUAUGUGAAUAUGGGUCAACAAUGUUUCUCAUUGUUCACAUAAAUAGAGACACCAUUUGAGUGACCUUUGACCUAUUUUCAUCAGCUGAAGAAUCAAGCCUGUUGCAUUCAGGCAGAGGUAAUGGAAUCUCCACUAAGCCUUCAGUCAGUGGAGCACUGAUUACGCACUUGCUUACAGUGGCACCAGGUGUGAGCCCAGGUGCUUGUGCGGUGGUUGCCAGGCAUCAGUUGAGUGAGCAGGUAAGUUCCUCCAUCACCAAGGAUACAGCAGGUUACGUAAGGGGAGGGAGUUUAUUUUCAUCUGUAGAGACUUCUUGUAGGGCCUCAAGAAGUAGGUACGGGCAGGUGAGUUUGACAUGGAGGUCUCUGUAAUGACAAUAGAGUCUGACCUUCUGUUCGACAAAGUAAGACAGAGCCAAGAACAGGACUGCAGGGUCAGAGGACUCCAUGUUGGGGGAGAAGCAUGGGGGAAAUAUUGUGUAUAUUUGCAAGAGAUAUCCAAGGCUUCAUAUACAAGAGCUAAAAAGGUCCAAUGCAGCCAUUUUUUAAAAACUUAACAUCAAAUCAUUUUUGUGUAACGAUUAAGUACCAUACUGUGAUUGUUUUCAAUUAAAAUGGUCAAAAAGAAACACA